GCACGAGCAGGCCCACCAUUCUUGUACUGAUCUGAGUGUUAUGGCUCCGAUUUGAAUAGGUGGAUGCUAGACAUUUGAUUUUCUUGAUUCAUAAUCCGGUCUCGAGUUUUAUAAUUUGAAAAAAAAAAAAGUUGCAAAUUUCCAAAAAUCGUAAUAAAACGAAACCGGCGCUUUCUCAGCUUCCGCUCCACAGAUACGAGAAAGCCUUCGAAAUCAUCAUCUCCUGCAUAACAAAUAAUUCCCCAUGACCCCCAUUGCCAAUUCUCGGACGCGGGCACUCUUUGGAAGACAAUUCUUCUUCAACGUCAACUCUCAAGUCCAAGCACCACUCCUCUUAGUUCUCAGGCACUACUCAUCUUCCAAUGGAGAACAACUGGACGCUGAUAAUGUUAAUGAGCCAAGAAAAUCCUCAAACAAAUCCAAGACAGCUAAAUCAAUGGCAAGACUCAUCAACUCAAAACCCUGGUCAACUGAACUUGAAUCUUCUCUUUUUUCUCUUUCUCCUUCAAUUUCUAAAACCACUUUCUUUCAAGUUCUUCGCUUUAUUGCUUCCCCAUCAAAAGCUUUUGAAUUUUUCAACUGGGCUUCAAGAAACGGGUUCACUCAUGAUAGCCGAUCGUAUUUUAUGAUGCUAGAAAUCUUGGGUCGUAAUGGAAAUCUCAAUAUUGCUCGUAAUUUUUUGUUUUCUAUUGAGAGAAGGUCCAAUGGGAGUGUUAAGAUUGAAGAUAGGUUUUGUAACACUUUGUUGAGGAGUUAUGGUAAUGCUGGGUUGUUUAAUGAAGCUAUAAAGCUUUUUAGUUUAAUGAAGUCAAGUGGGGUGUCACCAUCUGUCAUUACAUUUAAUAGUCUUUUGUUAAUCUUGCUUAAAAGAGGAAGGACUAACAUGGCACAUAGUGUGUUUGAUGAAAUGUGUGGGACUUACGGGGUUACGCCGGAUACAUAUACUUUUAAUAUCUUGAUUAGAGGCUUUUGUAAGAAUUCGAUGGUUGAUGAAGGGUUUAGGUUUUUCAAGGAAAUGUCAAGGUUUAAUUGUGAGCCUGAUGUGGUUACUUACAAUACACUUGUUGAUGGGUUGUGUAGGGCGGGGAAGGUCAGGAUUGCACAUAAUGUGGUUAAAGGGAUGGUUAAGAAAAUGAAGGAUUUGAGUCCUGAUGUUGUUACUUAUACUACUUUGGUUAGAGGGUAUUGUAUGAAACAAGAGAUUGAUGAGGCUCUGGUUGUUUUUGAAGAGAUGGUUAGUAGAGGGUUAAAACCUAAUGAUAUUACCUACAACACCCUUAUAAAGGGUCUUUGCGAAGUGCAGAAGUUUGAUAAGAUCAAAGAGAUUUUGGGGGGAGCUGUGGGGGGUAGAGGGUUUGUUCCGGAUACUUGUACAUAUAACACUUUGAUGAAUUCACAGUGUGAUGCAGGGAAUUUCGAUGAGGCUCUGAAGAUGUUUAAGAAGAUGAAGGAGUUGAAAGUCCAACCGGACUCAGCUACAUAUAGUGUUUUGAUCAGGAAUUUGUGUCAAAGGGGGGAUUUUGAGAGGGCAGAGCAAUUGUUCGACGAGCUAUCUGAUGAUGAUAUUUUGUUACGUGAUGAUGGCUGUACUCCUCUUGUUGCGGCUUACAAUCCAAUUUUUGAUUUUUUAUGUAAAAAUGGAAAGACUAGCAAGGCUGAGAGAGUGUUCAGGCAGCUAAUGAAAAAGGGAACACAAGAUCCUCCUUCAUACAAGACCUUGAUCCUUGGGCACUGUAAGGAAGGUACUUUUGAGGCUGGGUAUAAGCUCCUGCUCUAUAUGUUGAGAAGAGAUUAUGUGCCUGAUUUUGAAACCUACGUGCUGUUGAUUAACGGUUUCUUGCAGAAAGGUGAACCAAUUCUGGCCUACAAGACCCUGGAGAGGAUGCUAAAAAGUUCCUAUCUACCUAAAACUUCUGUUUUCCAUUCUAUACUUUCAGAACUUCUGAAACAUGAUUUUGCCCGUGAAUCAGCUAGCUUUGUUGUAUUGAUGAUAGACAGAAAAAUUAGACAAAAUAUCAAUCUCUCAACACAUACCAUGAGGUUGCUCUUUGGUAGUGGACUGCGAAAUAAAGCAUUCCAGAUUGUUGAAUUACUUUAUGAUAAUGGAUAUGUGGUUGACAUGGAAGAAUUGAUUGGUUUCAUUUGCCAGAAUGGGAAGUUACUAGACGCACAGAAGAUGUUGUCAUUUUGUUUGGAGAAGGGUCACACUGUGGAUAUUAACGUGUGCAAUGUAGUUAUUGAAGGUCUGUGUAAAAUGAAAAGACCUUUAGAAGCAUUUGGGUUGUACUACAAGCUAGUGGAGAAAAGUAACCAUCAGCAGUUGAGCUGCCUAGAAGGUUUGAGAACUGCCUUGGAGGCUGGGGGAAGAUCAGAGGAAGCAAAAUUUGUAUCUAAGAGGAUGCCCGAUGAGAGGCAGCUGGCAGAUCUCUUGUAUAUGGACCACGGAACUCUAGCAUUAGUGCACUGCUUCACAGCUCAGCAGCAGAACCAGCUGAGCAGCACCCAAUGUCUUUCAACUGAACCUGUUCACAUGGUCAGUUUUAUUAGCACCCAAGCUUUGCCAACAUAUUUUUCUACUUUAGAAAGAAGUUUCAUGCUUCUCAUCCUUGGCACCAACCUUUCUCCAAGAUCAAGUUUAGCUCUCGUUUAUAUUUCCCUGCUUUGUGAUGCUUCAUCCAUUCAAUUCUCUUUGUACCAAACUAUCUUCUUCCUAAACCUGUUGAAGAUGUCUAAAACGAUUGGCAACGGGGCUUCAAAGCACCAUGCCACACUCACUGGGCGCGCACCCACUCCAGGCAAGGCAACAAUACUUGCAACAGGCAAGGCCUUCCCCAGCCAACUUGUUCCUCAGGAAUGCUUGGUGGAGGGUUAUAUGCGUGACACCAAAUGCGAUGAUGCUUCCAUUAAGGAGAAACUGGAGCGACUUUGUAAAAGCACUACUGUGAAGACAAGAUACACGGUCAUGUCCAAGGAGAUACUAGAAAAAUACCCGGAACUUGCAACAGAGGGCUCUCCGACGAUCAAGCAAAGACUCGAAAUAGCAAAUCCGGCAGUUGUUGAGAUGGCACUGAAAGCAAGCAUUGCUUGCAUCAAUGAAUGGGGUGGGUCGGUAAAAGAUAUCACCCAUGUUGUCUAUGUUUCUUCCAGUGAGAUACGCUUACCGGGUGGUGAUCUCUACCUUGCCAGUCAGCUUGGACUAAGGAAUGACGUUGGCCGAGUAAUGCUUUACUUCCUGGGCUGUUAUGGAGGCGUCACUGGACUUAGAGUUGCCAAGGACAUAGCUGAAAACAACCCAGGAAGCCGUAUCUUAUUAACUACUUCUGAGACAACGAUUCUUGGUUUUCGCCCUCCAAACAAGGCACGCCCUUACGACCUUGUGGGGGCCGCACUCUUUGGUGAUGGAGCUGCAGCUGUGAUCAUCGGAGCUGACCCUGUAAUAGGUAAAGAGUCUCCUUUCAUGGAGCUGAGCUAUGCUGUUCAACAAUUCUUGCCAGGUACGCAGAAUGUGAUCGAUGGACGCCUUUCUGAAGAGGGCAUAAACUUCAAGCUUGGGAGGGAUCUUCCUCAGAAAAUUGAAGACAACAUUGAGGAGUUUUGCAGGAAGCUUAUGUCAAAGGCUGGUCUAACUGAGUUCAAUGAUUUAUUCUGGGCAGUCCAUCCUGGUGGCCCGGCAAUACUUAACAGGCUAGAGAGCAAUCUCAAAUUAAACACAGAGAAGCUGGAAUGCAGCAGGAGGGCUCUAAUCAACUACGGGAAUGUCAGCAGUAAUACCAUAGUCUAUGUUUUGGAAUAUAUGAAGGAAGAGUUGAAGAGAGGAGGAGGGGAAGAAUGGGGACUUGCCUUAGCUUUUGGACCAGGCAUUACUUUUGAAGGCAUCCUUCUUCGUAGCCUAUAAUUAAAUCCUGCAGCUACAUAUAUGCAUUUGGUUUUUAUUUUUCAUAAUGAAGCUACUCAUGUUAUGCUGUUUCUGAUGUAGUAACUCAAAAGAAAUGAAAUCUAAGAAAU